GUGAAUCCGUCCUGGGCAGGCUCGUGCUGCAAGGGAGGACUCUGUCUGUGAAGCGCAUGAUGUUGCAGAGACUAAAUGAGGAUGAAGUGUCCUCUUGCUGGUACAAAUAAAAGAUUCCUAAUUAACACAAUUAAGAACACACUGCCCUCCCAUAAAGAGCAAGACCAUGAACAAAAAGAGGGUACUAAGGAAACCGCAAAAAGCCAGGACCAGAAAGACACGAAGAAGCAGAGAAGUCAUCCUUACAAGCACAGCUUGCAUGCUCGAAGCUCCGUGAGCUACUCUCCUCCAAGGAAGCGGGGCACCAGGGACAAGUGCGACCCACGACCCAACAGGCACUGA